AUGGCCGGAUUAACGAGAACAGCAGGCGCUUUUGCGGUGACUCCACAUAAGAUCUCCGUUUGUAUUCUCCUGCAGAUUUACGCGCCUUCUGCUCAGAUGUCUCUUCCCUUCCCUUUCUCUUCCGUUUCUCAGCACAAUCGACUCGGACUCUACUUGCUCUCUCUCACUAAGGCUUGCGAUGACAUUUAUGAGCCGAAAUUGGAAGAGCUCAUCAACCAAUUGAGGGAAGUUGGCGAAGACAUGGAUGCCUGGCUGACUGACCAUUUGACUAAUAGAUUUUCCUCUCUGUCUUCACCAGAUGAUCUGUUGAAUUUUUUCAGUGACAUGCGAGGGAUACUUGGGAGCCUUGAUUCAGGAGCUGUGCAAGAUGAUCAAAUUAUUUUGGAUCCAAACAGCAACUUGGGAAUGUUUGUUCGUCGUUGCAUUUUGGCAUUUAACCUUUUAUCUUUCGAGGGAGUUUGUCAUCUUUUUUCAAGCAUUGAAGUCUACUGCAAAGAAGCCCAUGCAAGCUCUGCUCAGUUUGAGGCAUCUAAUAGUAAUCUGGAGUCAUUAACACAAUAUGAUCAGAUGGAUAUGGAGAAUUAUGCAUUGGAUAAAGAAACUGAAGAAAUGGAGCUAUCGAGAAAUGCUAGUGGAAGUGUCCCUUUUCACCUUCAUACGCCGGAAGCACUUUUCAAAGCGACAGAAGAACAAAUGAAACAUGCAGAUUUGCUAGUAACUAGGAGGGAAAAAUCAAGAGCCAGCAAGGAAAAGACAGAGGCUACUUCAUUUGCUUGUGCGUCGUCAAGCACAUUUGAGGAUACUCUCGUAGACGAGUCAUUAUUUCUUCGGACAAAUUUGCAGAUACAAGGCUUUUUAAUGGAGCAAGCUGAUGCAAUUGAAAUCCAUGGAAGUUCAUGCUCUUCAAGUUCGAUCGAAAGUUUCCUUCAGCAGCUUCAGAGUUUAGCCCCUGAGUUGCAUCGUGUUCACUUUUUGCGUUACUUGAAUAAACUUCACAGCGAAGACUAUUUUGCUGCUUUGGAUAAUCUCCUUCGUUACUUUGAUUACAGUGCAGGGACUGAGGGAUUUGACCUUGUUCCUCCUUCAACUGGCUGUAGCAUGUAUGGAAGGUACGAGAUUGCUUUGCUAUGUUUGGGAAUGAUGCAUUUCCGAUUUGGGCAUCCUAAUCUGGCUCUAGAGGUUUUAACUGAAGCUGUGCGUGUAUCGCAGCAGCUUAGUAAUGAUACUUGUCUAGCCUAUACACUAGCAGCAAUGAGCAACUUGUUAUCAGAAAUGGGCAUUGCAAGUACCACCAGUGUUCUUGGAUCCUCGUACUCACCUGUCACUAGCACUGCGUCUUCGUUGUCUGUUCAACAAAGGGUGUACAUACUUUUGAAAGAGUCUUUGAGGAGAGCUGACAGUCUGAAGUUAAGACGCUUAGUGGCUUCUAAUCAUCUUGCGAUGGCUAAAUUUGAAUUGAUGCACGUUCAAAGGCCUCUAUUGUCGUUUGGUCCCAAAGCUUCUGUGCGUCACAAAACUUGUCCAGUUAGUGUCUGCAAGGAGAUUAGACUAGGUGCACACCUAAUCAGUGACUUUUCUUCUGAAAGCUCCACAAUGACAGUUGAUGGUUCUUUAAGCUCGGUUUGGCUUAGAGACUUGCAAAAACCGUGGGGUCAACCUGUGUUUUCCCAGGACUCUGGUUCUAGAAAGAAUUCGACUUUUUUCCAGUUCUGUGAUCAUUUGGUCUCGAUUCCUGGAUCUGUAUCUCAAUUAAUAGGUGCUUCAUAUUUACUACGGGCUACUUCAUGGGAGUUAUAUGGCAGCGCUCCUAUGGCUCGGAUGAAUACCUUGGUGUAUGCAACUUUAUUCGGUGACUCUUCGAGUUCAUCAGACGCAGAGUUAGCAUACUUGAAGCUCAUUCAACAUUUGGCACUAUAUAAGGGAUAUAAAGAUGCCUUUGCUGCUCUCAAGAUUGCAGAGGAAAAGUUCGUAACUGUAUCAAAAUCAAAAAUAUUGUUGCUCAAGUUGCAGCUACUACAUGAACACGCUUUGCAUCGUGGGAAUCUAAAGCUAGCUCAACGAAUGUGCAAUGAGCUAGGAGGCUUGGCAUCAACCGCCAUGGGUGUAGACAUGGAGCUGAAAGUAGAAGCAAGUCUUCGUGAAGCUAGAACCUUGCUUGCAGCUAAACAGUAUAGCCAGGCAGCAAACGUGGCACACUCCCUCUUCUGCACGUGCCAUAAAUAUAAUAUGCAAAUCGAAAAGGCGUCUGUUCUUCUUCUGCUUGCAGAGAUCCAUAAGAAGUCAGGAAAUGCAGUCUUGGGUCUUCCGUACGCACUGGCAAGCAUCUCGUUUUGCCAAUCAUUCAACUUGGAUCUUCUCAAAGCAUCAGCUACUCUCACGCUGGCCGAGCUAUGGCUUGGUCUUGGAUCAAAUCAUUCAAAGCGGGCUUUAGACCUUUUGCAUGGGGCUUUCCCUAUGAUCCUUGGCCAUGGAGGUCUGGAGUUACGUGCUCGAGCUUACAUCUUUGAAGCAAACUGUUAUCUGUCCGAUCCUAGCUUUUCAGUUUCCACAGAUUCUGAGACUGUCCUGGAUUCGCUAAGGCAAGCUUCAGAUGAGCUUCAAGCUUUGGAGUACCAUGAAUUGGCAGCUGAAGCUUUGUAUUUAAUGGCGAUGGUAUACGACAAGCUGGGACAGAUUGAGGAGAGGGAAGAAGCUUCGGCUAUGUUUAAGAAGCAUUUAAUAGCUCUCGAGAACCCUCUAGAAAUGGAACCAAACAUAGUAUGA